CCCCAUCAAGCAGCUAGCUACUUGCUGAAACCACUUGCAUUGCAUUGGCAGCCAGCAUGGCGGGGACCAAGCAGUCGUCGUCGUCCUUCUGGUCCUCGCGGCGCCGCGCCGCCUCCGCGCCGGCCACGCCCAGGCCGGAACCGGCGUCGGCGGCGGACCCGCCCAUCGGCUGCAUGUCCAUGGUGCACUACCUCAUCUUCGCCCCCGGCGCCGGCUGCGUCGGCCGGCCGCCGGCCUCCUCCAACGCCGUCGUCGUCACGCCGCACGGCUUCCUCAGCCCUCGCCGCCACAGCGACGGCAACGGCAAGAGCGGAUUCGAGGCGCCCAGGAACAGCCUCGACCUCGACCUCGACGCCGACAACCCCAACGACAUCCAGAUCGGCGUGCAGAUCGAGCCGGUGUUCGACGCCCUGGCGCGGACCAACAUGCGCCGCCCAAAGCCCACCGCGCCGUCCUCCGAGGCCGAGACGCCCAGGACGCCCAGCCUCGUCGCGCGCCUCAUGGGGAUCGACGGCCUGCCGGACUCCCCGGCGCCGGCGUCCGCGGGCAACGGCGCCAAGGCAGAGAAGAAGAAGCGCGUCAUCCCGGAGUCCAUGAACCGGGAGCCGCUGCGGAGCCUCAGCUGCAACGUCGGCGGCGGCGACGCGCGGUCGCUGCCGGACACGCCGCGCGCGUCCACGUCGGCGCGGGCGUCGUGGGACGGGCCCAGGCUGUCGCUGCAGGCGCUCAAGGAGAGCGUCCUCGACCGGGCCGCACAGUACAUGUCCAUGCCCAGCUCGCCCACGUCCUCCUCCGCCGGCAAGAAGAAGAACAAGGACGCCGCGUGCAGCCGGCGGCGGCGGCAGGACGAGAGGGAGAGGGAGCGGGUGGCCAAGGAGCACGCCCGCGAGAUCCUCAGGCAGGCCAAGGAGAACGUCGCCAGCCGCAACAAGUCGUCGUCCAAGAGUAAGAGUAAAUCCUCGUCGCCGGCGGCGGAGAAGAUGCACAGCAUCUUCAACAACAAGGAGAACGUGCCGACGAGCCCUGCCGCAGCUCCGGCUGUGGAGGACAAGCUCGUCGUCGUCCAAGCUGGCAAGCCGAUGGUGGCGGCAGCGAAAGCGCAGCAAGGCACCACCGAGCAUCCUCCGUCACAGAGCCCCAGGGUACCACUGGCUCCGAGGCAGCCUCCGCCGCCGCAGCGGGCGAAGCCGUCGCGGCCGCCGCCACCGCCGCCGCCGCUCGACCCGCCCACCAGAGCGAGGAAACCGGACGGGUGCGAGCGCUUCGCCACGCGGAUCAAGAAGCCAGCUGCCGGCGGAGGACAGCCUCCGGCGCCGUCGGCGUCACCGGUGGCCCUGCCACCCGCGCCGGCGAGCAGCUCGGGGUCCGCGCUCGGCCACCAACAAAGAAGACACGGGGGUGCCGCGGUGCCUCUGGAGGAGGACCCCGAGUACAGCUACCUCCGUUCGGUGCUGGAGCGCGGCGGGUUCAUGCGGUCGCCGCCGCCUCGGCGCCCGUUCAAGGGCCACUCGGUGUCGUCGCCGGUGGACCCGAUCGUGUUCCACCUCCUGGAGCUGGAGCUCCCCGCGGACGAGGCGCGUCUGGGCCCCCUCCGCCACCGGUGGAACCGGAAGCUGCUGUUCCACCUGGCGCAGGAGGUGCUGGCGGACCUGCUGCUGGGGCUGGACGAGCCGCCGCCGCCGAGCGGCCCGCCGCUGCUGGGGAAGGUAUGGCGGAAGGUCCGGAGCUUCCCGGCGGCGGACUGCCGGGUGGUGGGCGACAUCGACGCGCUGGUGGCGGCGGACCUGGAGGCUGCGCGCGUGCGUCGGCUGGCGAGGCACCCGGCGGUGGCGGAGGAGGCCGGGGACGUGGCGGAGGAGGUGGCGGAGCUGGUCCUGGAGGCGCUCCUCGGGGAGUGCGUGGCGGAGGAAUCCGGUUCUCUGGCUCUCUCUCUCCCCCCGCCUGCGCCGGCCGCCGCACCUGACACGCGGCCGCCGCCGUCACGUGCGCAGGCGAUGUAGCCGUUGUUGGUGGGCGGGCGCGAAGCAACGGAAACAGCGGGGGCGCUCACUACCAUGCCCUGCCCUGCCCUGCCCUGCCCCUGCUGCUCUGCAGAGGUUGGCCGCGGUCACGGCGGGCCGCGCAGCUUCUGCCUGCGCGCAACGGUGGUGAUGGGAACGUGGCGGGUGCCUCGAGAUGCGUGCACAGUGAGGUGACGGCCGGCGACGGCGCGGCGUACGUCCGCGGUGGAUUUUGUUUGUCGGCGUUGGCCAUGUGUGUGUACAUACGGUCGGAGCACCCCCUCUCUCUCUCUCUCUUGUUGCGGAUAGGUCCACCUGUUUGAUUUUUGAAAUGUAUACGUACGUGUCAACAGGUAGUAAUGGGCAUGGGGAUAAUGUGUGCUGGGGCCUACAAGCAUCUGGUACGGUACGGACGAUACAUGCGCGGUCAUGUCUCUCU